GAGCUUUGUUUAGAAAUUUGGUUAUAUAUUUUAAAUGAAAAUCAUAACUUUUUUAAUCACCGUGUAUGGAGCAUUAAAUUUUCAAAUGUAAUUUGAUGACUUAAUGUUGACUUUUGUAAGAUUCACCUCGGACACGACCAAAGAUCUAUCCUGUGUCUCCUACAACUGUAGGGAGCGGUGAGUACGUUACCAUCAAGUGUAAUCUUACAACACUGGGCUAUCCACAAAUAUCAUGGAGAUGGAUAUGUGACGAUCUGCCUCCCCUGAAUGGAGUAGACCUAGGAACAGAGACUUACUUAGAAAUCAAAGUAACUGCACGACACAAUGGGAUGGCUUGCAGAUGUAGAGGAAUAUCUUCCUCUAUCUAUGUAUACGAUGAGCUUUCAGAUCCAGUCACAAUCUUUCUUUACUUCCAGACAGAGUCACAAGAAAUAACCCCAGAAGCUGGACUUGCUAAAGAAUGUAUAAAAGCUACGGCUUUUGGAACAACUACUGGGCUACUGUCAACUAUUGUCAUUGCUUUAAGCUCUGUCCUCCUGAUACAGUAUAUAAGAAAAAAGAAAGGAAACGUUUGUUCUUGUGGACAUUCUGAAAAAAACGAAGAGGAAAAAGCAAGCAGUAUUUAUAAAUGA